ACGUCAGUGGGGAGUUAAUUUUAAAUCGGUACAAGAUGGCGGAGGGGGACGAGGCAGCGCGGAGGCAGCAGCCGCACCAGGGGCUGCGGCGGCGGCGGGGGAUCAGCGACCCAAGCACCGGGGUUAACCACGUCUCGUCCACGACCUUCCUAGGUGAGAAUUAUGAAGAUGAUGACCUAGUAAACUCUGAUGAGGUUAUGAAGAAACCAUGUCCAGUGCAGAUUGUUCUUGCUCAUGAAGAUGACCAUAACUUUGAGCUCGAUGAAGAAGCUUUGGAGCAGAUAUUGCUACAGGAGCACAUACGAGAUCUUAACAUAGUAGUGGUAUCCGUGGCAGGAGCUUUUCGUAAAGGGAAAUCAUUUCUACUGGACUUCAUGCUUAGAUAUAUGUAUAACAAGGAUUCCCAAAGUUGGAUUGGUGGAAACAAUGAACCAUUGACUGGCUUUACAUGGCGAGGUGGUUGUGAGAGAGAAACAACAGGCAUACAAGUUUGGAAUGAAGUAUUUGUGAUCGACAGACCUAAUGGAACAAAAGUGGCUGUGCUGCUAAUGGAUACCCAGGGUGCCUUUGAUAGCCAGUCAACUAUCAAAGACUGUGCAACGGUGUUCGCUCUGAGCACCAUGACUAGCUCUGUCCAGGUAUAUAAUCUGUCUCAGAACAUUCAAGAAGAUGAUCUUCAACACUUGCAAUUAUUUACAGAGUACGGCAGACUUGCAAUGGAGGAAAUCUACCAGAAACCAUUUCAGACAUUAAUGUUUUUAAUUCGGGAUUGGAGUUAUCCUUAUGAACAUUCAUAUGGUUUGGAAGGUGGAAAACAAUUCCUUGAAAAGAGAUUGCAGGUAAAGCAAAAUCAACAUGAAGAGCUACAGAAUGUAAGGAAGCACAUUCACAAUUGUUUCUCAAAUCUUGGUUGCUUCCUUUUGCCACAUCCUGGUCUUAAAGUUGCAACUAAUCCUAGUUUUGAUGGGAGAUUGAAAGAUAUUGAUGAAGACUUUAAACGAGAGCUUCGAAAUCUGGUUCCAUUGCUGCUUGCCCCUGAGAAUUUGGUAGAAAAAGAGAUAAGUGGAUCUAAAGUCACUUGUAGAGAUCUUGUAGAAUACUUUAAGGCUUACAUUAAAAUUUAUCAAGGAGAGGAACUUCCACAUCCAAAGUCCAUGCUUCAGGCAACAGCUGAAGCUAAUAAUCUUGCUGCGGUAGCAGGAGCAAGAGAGAUCUAUUGCAAAAGUAUGGAGCAGGUAUGUGGUGGGGACAAGCCUUACAUUGCACCUUCAGAUCUGGAGCGAAAACACCUGGAUCUCAAGGAAGUGGCGAUUAAACAGUUUCGUUCAGUGAAGAAAAUGGGUGGAGAUGAAUUCUGCCAUCGUUAUCAGGACCAGCUUGAAGCUGAAAUUGAAGAAACCUAUGCAAAUUUUAUAAAGCACAAUGAUGGCAAAAAUAUCUUCUAUGCUGCUCGUACUCCUGCCACACUGUUUGCAGUCAUGUUUGCUAUGUAUAUAAUCUCAGGACUGACUGGCUUCAUUGGCCUAAACUCUAUAGCCGUCUUGUGUAACCUUAUCAUGGGGUUAGCACUGACAUCUCUUUGUACUUGGGCAUAUGUAAAAUACUCUGGGGAGUUCAGAGAAAUUGGAACAAUGAUUGAUCAGAUUGCUGAAACACUAUGGGAACAGGUAUUGAAGCCCCUGGGUGAUAAUUUGAUGGAGGAAAACAUAAGGCAGUCUGUAACAAACUCUAUCAAAGCAGGCCUGACUGACCAGGUGUCUCAUCAUGCCAGAUUAAAGACAGACUGACAGUUCAUCUCCUCAUGGACUCCACUCUCCCUUUCUUUCAUGCUUGCUGUACAAUGAGAACUCAAAUAAAAAUAAACCAAAGUUUACAAUCAACUGUAGAAGUAGUUUAGUAUAACUGGCUUCACAGAUGGCUGCCACAGAGUGUGAAAAUUGUUUGUUGGUUUUAAGCAUUCUGUUCUUGGCUCCUAAGACACGGAGAUUGGCUGAGGAGCGUUAGUUUAUCAUGCACAUUUGUGCCAUGUUUCUUUUAUUUUUUUUCUUCCUUUUAAUCUAAUGUUAGUGAAAUUUGUCUUGUGUAAAAGGAUAUUUCAGGGAAAUAUUUUAAGAAAUCUAUUUAGAGUCUAACACCAGUAUCCCAUUGAAAUUUUAAUUUUAGUGAAGUUAUGAAUCACUGUAUCAAGAAUCAGAUCAGAAUGACAAUGAAGCCUUUAUUGAGCCACUACAUUAAAAGUAUAUAUUGCUUUAUUGCCUUCAAUACCAGUAUUACAUAAGUGCAUGUAUCAGAAAUUUCACAGAAAUUACAUGACAACUCUUGUAGCUAAGAAAGUGAUUCUGAGGUGUACAUUUGUCUUGCCUUUUUAAAUUUAUAAACCUGCCCUAAAAGGAGAUGCAUAUCUGGGAAACUGAACUGUCUUUAUGCAGUUUAGCCUUCAUGUACAUAAAAUAUGCCAUUAAUUUUAUUGGGGGAGAAAUUCCAUCCAAAAAUGUUGCCUACAGCUAUGAGUUAAGAGUGUCUGUACAGUGUGUAGCUUUUAUUUUCUAAAAUCACAGAUAGGGCAUGUAUAUGAAUUAUAAAUAUAUAAAUACGAUUUUGUAUUAAAAGUUUUGUAGUUUAUGGCAAAAUCUGGUUCUGUGGUAGGCUAAGUACAGUCCCUGUGAAGGAAUGUUUGUGGCUCAUGUCAGUGUGUGAAUGCAUAGACAAUUUGAAGUUUUUGAUAUAUUUGUGAUAUUUAUCUUCCUUGAGCACUGCAAUCUCACCCCCAUCCCCAAGGGAAUUCAGUGGGAAUGUUGAUCGUGACUUUGUCCUCUGUUGCAUUUUAAAGUUAUUUCCUGUAAUUUAUUUUCAGUACAUAAUUAAAAAUUUGUUGUAUAUAUAAAA